AUGUGUCAUGUUGAGGCAGAUCUGGCAGAAACCGUCCGGCCUGGCUGGUUGAGUCGCUGGGAGACGACAAGCCGACAUCUGACUCUCGGUAAGCUGAUAGGCUUGGGGAGGUUCGGACAGGUCAUACAGGGAACACUACACACGCCUGGCGGGGAAACCAUCAGUGUCGCCGCCAAGUCUGUCCGCAGAAAAAACGCGCAGUGCUACCGCAACUUCUACAGGGAAGCGGCCAUCUUGGUCACUGUACACGAAGACGAACACCACAACAACGCGCACUCCAACAUCAUUCAACUAUUAGGCUUGAUAAACGAGACUUCACAGAAGUAUAUCCUGAUGGAAUACGCCUCCAAAGGAAGCCUUCUGCGUUUGUUGCGACACGCUCAAAAACAAAACGGAGCUGCUCCUCUCGAACACGGUUUCCUCUAUGCUGUAGACAUAGCCCGAGCUCUACGGGAGCUCCAACGCUUGGCGAUCACACACGGCGACGUGGCCGCUAGGAACGUACUCAUCACCGCUGAUCACGUAGCUAAGCUGGCCGACUUUGGACUUGGACGUGACGUGUACGCCCCUGUCAAGGACGUAGAUGAUGAUGACAAAAACAGAGAAAAUAUGGCGGAAAAUGAGUUCAUUCCUUUGAACUGGAUGUCUGUGGAGGUUUUAGAGAGAGGAGAAUACACCUGUCAGAGUGACGUGUGGUCCUUCGGCGUGCUGCUGUGGGAGAUCGCCACGCUGGGACAAGAACCACACUACGGAGGCAACCCGCAUGACAACCCGAGCUGCCUGCGUCUCGCACGGACACUCCGGAGGGGAAUCCGGCUCAGACGGCCUCCGGAAUGUUCCGGAGAGAUGUAUGACGUCAUGAUGUCGUGUUGGCACGAAAAUCCGUCGGAAAGACCCAGUCCGGAUGAGGUGGAGACAAGACUAUUGCGACUGACCCCCGGUUUUGAAAUGGAAACAGUAGUGUAA